UAGAAUGGCGCGUCGGUGCAAUCAUCAUCAUCACGCGAGAAUGAGUUGCAGUGGAAAGUGCAUCCAGAACAGACGGUUAAUAGAGCUCUUACCAGGUGGAAAUAGUGAAUCUAAUAAUGGCUCAGUCUUUCGAAGAUUUUCUCACAGUCGCGGACUGCGUAGUGAUAGUGGGCAAGUCACAUCCUCAAUUCGUUGAAAGUAAAGUUUUGUCCUUCCAUCUGGACAGGGUCCCUGGACAGCCGGGAUAUUUGGGUGAAUAAGCUUUUUUGCUGAUAACUAUUGAAGAUGCAAGAGGGAACCAACAAGAUCUACGAUACUUCGUCAAGUGCCUUCCAUUUAGUGAUCCAGAACAACGCAGUAUCAUUCAAAAAUUUGGAAUAUUUACCAAGGAAUCACGAAGUUACCGAGAUCUGCUUUCAAGAUUCAAUCAAGACGAGAGCAAAGUGAUCAAAUGGCGUCCGAACUGUUGGUUCAUGCGUGAUGAUUUGUUAGUCAUGGAGGAUCUUAACGUUCAAGGAUACCGAUCGAUGCCACAUGGGCAGGACUUCGAACAAGAUCACAUGCUGCUGGUUUGGGAGCGCAUGGCACAAAUGCACGCUUGCUCAUUGGAGCUUGAAUAUAAGCAAAUGAACGGUGAAAAACUGGAACCAAAAUUUUCCACAAUGAUGUCAGAAACAACUUUUAUCCGUGAGAACAGCUGGUUUGUCGUUGGUCUGGAGGGUAUUUUCAAAGUCGCUUUGAAAGCUUCAAAAUAUUCAAAUAAAGACGAAUAUCGUACAGCUAUCGAGUCAACUAUGCUGGACAAAAUGAGUAUAGUCUACGAUCUAGUCCAGCCAACUGAUUGCUAUCAAUGUGUACUCGUCCAUAGAGAUCUUUGGUUCAGUAAUAUUAUGUUCCAGUUUUGUGAAAAUUCUUCGAACACUGUAGACUUUGGCCAACCUAUCAGUUGCGUUUUGUUAGAUUUUCAAAUGUCGCGGUAUUUACCUCCUGCAGUAGAUUUUUGGUGUGCCUUAUACCUCCUAACUCGAAGAAAGCAUCGGGAUAGAUAUUAUGAAACCUACGUGAACUACUACUACAGUAAAUUGGACGAGAAACUCAGACUUUUAAACCUGAACAUCGCUUCGAUUCUACCGAAAAAACAGUUUCUUGAAACUUUAGACCACUAUCGCUUGGUGGGACUGCUGUGGUCCGGUGUACUGCUGGCCUUGGUGAAACUCCCGGAAGGUUUCAUGGCAGAGCUCCAUCAGGAAGAUCCAGCUGCGUACCACGAGUUUGGGAUGAUCAGUAGAGAUAAAUUGAUCAUGGAAUUCCUGCAGAAAGAUCCCUACUAUCGUGACUGUUUGCUGGAUUCAGUAGAAGAAACCGUAGAGUAUUUGUUUGGAUUUAAAUAGAAAAAUAUGUCUUAUAAAUUUUAAGAUGUUGCUUCUGUAGAAAAAGCUCAUAGCCAAUGCUGAAAAUAGUUUAUUAAAAACACCAAUAUCUUUGCUCCUCCAGAGCAAAAUACCUUGAAAUUCUAUUCAUGCUGGAGACUCAAGGCAACUCCUCCUCAUGGUCAGAUCUUGAAUCUAAGUAUAAGUACUUUUUUAUUUUUCCAAAAAUCUCAUAUUUAGA